CGUUAUAAGAAGUUCUGUCGAUUUUGAUCCAAAUAUCCUUUCCUGCAAGACGACUGGUUCAGUUAUGGAUACCCUUUUUCAGUUCCCAUCUAUUCUCAUUGCUAGCCUUGUUGCCUUGUUAAUAUAUAAACUUUUCAGUUCGAGGCGAAAGAGCUGCGAUGUGCCUGAAGCUGGUGGUGCUUGGCCGGUUAUUGGGCACCUGCACCUCUUUAGUAGCAAGGAAAUACUUUACAGGACACUUUUUGCCUUGUCUGAAAAAUACGGACCGGUCUUUAGUCUAAGACUAGGAUCUCAUAAAGCUUUGGUGGUAGGUAAUUCGGAAAUGGCGAAAGAGUGCUUGACUAUCCAUGAUAAGGCUUUCGCUACCAGACCAAGUCUAUCUGCCUCAAAGCUACUUGGUUAUGAUUAUGCUAUGUUUGGGUUUGCUCCUUAUGGACCUUACUGGCGUGAGAUGCGCAAGAUAACAACCCUUGAGCUUCUGUCAAAUCACCGCCUUGACAUGUUCAACUUCAAGCAGAUACGAGCUUCAGAGGUACACAUCGGAAUAAAAGACUUGUACAAGACUUGGAUGACGAAACGUAGUGGAGAUCAAAGCAGUGUUUUGGUGGACAUGAAACAGUGGUUUGCAGAUUUAACACAUAAUAUGGCCUUCAGAAUAGUGGUUGGGAAAAGAUACUAUGGAGCUACUGCUGUUUCUGAUGAUGAAGGAGAGGCACGUCAAUGCCAAAAAUCGAUCAAAGAAUACUUUCACCUGUUUGGGGCGUUUGUGUUGUCUGAUGCAAUCCCAUUUCUUGGGUGGUUGGAUAUCGGAGGAUAUAAGAAAGAAAUGAAGAGAAUAGCUAAAGAAUUGGACAUUUUCGUCCAAGGCUGGCUUGACGAGCAUAAACAGAAGAGACUAUCGGGUGGCGAUCGGAAGGAAGAGCAAGAUUUCAUGGAUGUGAUGCUGACUGUCACGGAAGAUGCAAAGCUUUCUGGAUUCGAUAAGGAUACUAUUACCAAGGCAACUUCCCUAAAUUUGAUUUUAGGUGCAGCUGACUCCAACAUGGUCCCUCUAAUUUGGGGUCUAGCUUUACUUCUUAACAAUCCCAACACCUUGAGAAAGGCUAAAGAAGAACUGGCCACCUACGUUGGAAAAGACAGGCAUGUGGAGGAGUCUGAUAUCAAGAACCUGGUUUACCUCCAAGCAAUUGUCAAGGAAACACUCCGCCUGUACCCACCAAGCCCUAUACUUGCCCUUAGAGCAGCAAUGGAAGAUUGCACCCUUUCAAAUGGUUACCAUGUAACUCCUGGUACACGCUUACUGAUAAAUGCUUGGCAAAUUCACCAUGACGAGCGUAACUGGACUGAUCCUGAUGAGUUCCGGCCAGAGAGAUUUUUGACUAGCCAUAAAGAACUUGAUUUAAGGGGUCAGAAUUUUGAUCUCAUUCCUUUUGGGGCCGGACGUAGAGCUUGCUCAGGGGUCUCACUAGCUCUACAAGUUAUACAUUUAUCACUGGCAAGCGUCUUGCAUUGUUUUGAAAUAGAAACACCUGGCAAUAAACCCGUGGAUAUGACUGAGAGCCCUAGCUUGGCGAAUGUGAAAGCAACUCCACUUGAAGUGCUCCUUACACCGCGUCUUAAUCCUGAGCUUUACGACCUUUAGAUUUUUGUAUUAAACUAAAAUAUCAAGAGUAAGUUUAAUGUUCAAUAACAACCAGAUCAAAUCGAAUUCUGCAGGCUUUAAUAUGGGAAAAUCAGAGGUACUGAUUGUUGAAUAAAUGUUUUUGCAAUAAAAACUUGCUCAUUAAUGGAGUUCAUUUCAAUUUUUUUACAUGUAUCUGCAUAACCAAACAAAACAAGAGGCAUCAUGGCUAACUAGCAAGGACCAAGCACAGCGUUACAGUUGGAGGAGACCCUGCCAUAUAUAGACUGUUUAAUUGCUUGGCCAUUACAAAU